AUGGACUCUCACGGUGUACUCGAAACUCGCCAGCAUAUUCAGAACCACUCAGCUGGCGGUGAUGAAAUCUACUACUGGGGCUAUGCCUCUCGUGUCUUCCCAUGUACGAACGAUGCGGGCAGUUGCGAGUAUCUGGAUGCAGUGUACUGGAUGCACACUGUAUCCAUGCUGUACACAUUCAUCCUCUGGGCAGUGUUAGGCGGCCUUCUCGCCAUAUUUGUUUUCUCCAGAGCGAUAAAGCCUUCGCGGACACGACGUCCUCGCUUAGAACUUGAAGGUGGAAGAGCUGUUGCUCCCAUGAACAUCUUCACACGUUUGUGGAAGUCAAAUACGGCAGCUUUGCGUCGCCUGUUACUUCCAGAGGGCCUCCAGUCCAUAUUUGGCAAUGUAACGAGACUUCAAUUGGUGUUACUGGCCGUGCUUUCGGGAUAUUUGUUGAUCUUCUCACUUGUGGGAAUUGUUUACAAGACUUGGAUCACACCGGUCAAGAACCUCGAUGGCGUUUUCAAUACUCGAACUGGUAUGGGCGGCUUCAGUGAUCGCAUCGGAGCCUUCGCUUAUGCCCUGACACCACUCAGCGUCUUCCUCUCGCAGAGAGAAAGCAUCCUGUCACUUAUCACUGGUAUGCCAACACAGUCAUUCAACUUCAUCCACAGAUGGCUCGGUCACAUUAUUUUCGCACAAUCAAUGAUACACACUAUCAUCUGGACUAUUAUCGAGGGAAAACUUUACCAGCCUCAGCCAAAGGUCUAUGUAAAUUGGAUCAAGCAGACGUACAUGAUCUGGGGUAUCGUGGCAAUGGGCCUGCUGUCUUUUAUCUGGGUUUUCAGCUUCCCUCGUAUGAUUCGUCUGACUGGCUAUGAGUUUUUCCGCAAGUCUCAUGCCAUCGUUGCGCUGAUUUACAUUGGUGCUUGCUGGGGACACUGGAAGCAACUCGCAUGCUGGAUGAUUGCUUCCUUGGCUAUCGUCUUCAUGGAUUUUGGAAUACGCUACCUCAGAACACUCCUAAUCCACAUCGGAUACAUGAAGUCUGGAGGAUACGGAUUCGAGUCUGCUCAAGCCACACUCCAAUGCUUCGACGAUGCAGAAGGCCGAGUCGUGCGCGUCGACUUCAAACACAACCACGGGCCAUGGGCCCCAGGCCAACAUUUUUACCUCUGUUUCCCCGGCCUAUCCAUCUGGCAGAAUCACCCUUUCACCGUCGCAUCUCUCGCUUCACAAGAAACUGUCAACCCACAUCACACCUACAUCGUCCGCUGCCUCAAAGGUGAAACUUCGAAGUUGGGUAUGCUAGCAGAACGUAUUCAAACAGAGAAAAUCACCACACCCGUCAUCAUCUCCGGUCCAUACGGUUCAUCUAACCUUUCUAGACCCGGAAAUUUCCUAGCUAUCGGCGGAGGAACAGGCGCGACAAUGGCGUUUCCGGUUGUUCUCAAUCGUGUUCAAAAUUAUGGAUAUAUUGGAGGCAACGUGCAACUCGUAUGGAUCAUCCGUCGGGCACAGGAUCUGGAAUGGAUGGCUCCCGAACUAGCUACUCUGAAGCGCCUUAUCACGACAUUGAAUAGCAAGCUCUCGAUACGUAUUUUCAUCACUCGAGAAACUUCUUCAAACAAAAGCAAAGAAAUUCCAUCCGAAGAAGAGAUUAAGGGAUCUACAGUGCGAACAUCUAUCGCCCUCAGCAACAUUUCAAGUCUCGUAGAUACAGAACCAGGAUACGAGGUUGUAUGGCUGGGUGAUCGGCAUCCGGAUCUGUCGGAAGUUGUAAAUGACUUUGUGGAGCAAUCGCCUGAGAUUGGAGGGAGCGUGAGUGUGGUUGGAAGUGGACCUGGUGGGAUGGGAACAUCGUUGCGGAAGGCUGUGGCGGCUGUGAAUGAUGGAUCCAGGGUGUGGAAGGGGGAGGAGAAGUAUGAUGUACAUUUACAUUGGGAUGAUAGGAUGGAUUGUUAG